GUGUAAAUUUUUUUAAUGUUUCAUUUUAAUAAAAUAUAUUUCUUAUCUUAUUUUUGUUCUUCAGAAAGUGGAGUUGGAGCAGGUAUUGAUUCCUACUAUGAAUAUGUAUUGAAGGGUUAUAUUUUACUGGGUGAUAGCACAUAUUUAAAGCGUUUCAAUAAGCAUUAUGAUGCUGUGAUGAAGUAUGUUAGUCAAGGACCUCUAUUAGUUGAUGUUCAUAUGCACAAACCACAAUCAACUUCUCGAAAUUUCAUGGAUUCCCUUUUGGCUUUUUGGCCUGGCCUUCAGGUAUUAAAAGGUGACCUCAAACCAGCUAUUGAGACACAUGAAAUGCUCUAUCAAGUAAUAAAACGCCAUAAUUUCCUGCCAGAGGCUUUCACUACAGAUUUCAGAAUUCAUUGGGGCCAACAUCCCCUCAGGCCUGAAUUUGUUGAAUCAACAUAUUUUUUGUAUAAGGCUACAAAUGAUUUCCAUUACUUAGAAGUUGGUAAAAAAGUGGUACAGAAUCUUAACAAACAUGCUAGAGUUGCAUGUGGCUUUGCCUCUAUUAAAGAUGUUUCAGUUGGCAGUCAUGAAGAUCAGUUGAUACCUAGGAGUAAAGGGAUGCCACCAAAUCAACAUCUCACUGUUCCACCCCUCUGAUUGCACUUUGUGAAGCAUUCAAGGAGCUUUGUGCCAGCAGAUAUUCCAGCCAUGGCUAUCCUCUCUUUAGGUCAAGCUUAGUACAUGUGUAUCUCGGACUACAUUAUCCAAUGUGUUCUUCCUUGUUUAGCCCAAGAUCAGUCCUGAUCCAGCAGACCUAUGGUUAAAGAUGUUCCAGCUGUGACCACCCUGUCUUAAUGCAGAUGUAAUGUACCUAGGACUACAUUAUGUAAUGUGUCCUUCCUUGUUUUUGUUUAGCCCCAGGUCAGUCCCAAUCCAGCAGACCUAUGAUCAGUGUUCAAGCUAUGACCGUCCUGCCUUUUAUUCAGAAACAUUGUAUCUCGGACUACAUUAUCUAUCAGGUCAUCUCAUAAGUUCUGUCUGAUUUUACCUUUUUUAAAAUUGAAUAAAAUUUAAUAGUAUUUUAGAAUGUCUAA